AGGCCCGGCCCCGUCCCGCCCCCACACUCAGCCCCGAGGGGCCCCGCGUCCCCACCGCCGCUUUCUAGUCCUUUAAAUCCUCGAGGCAAACUUUUGGGGAGGAGAAGGGGGGGGGGGGGGGUCAGGAAGGCUGGGCGGGGCCUGCGCCUUAACCCUGUGCGCCCCGGGCGGACGCAGCUGGGCUGGGCGGCCACUCGCGCCCGUUUGGGCUCCGACCAUGGCCCCCGAGAGGGGCUGACCCCUCCGCCCGGUGCAGGUGAGGCCCGGCCCGGAGGAAGGAGGGAGGAGGCGCGGGCCCCGAACCCCGGACGGGGCGUCCCAGCCUGAGCCGAGCCCGAGCGCGCCGGACCCGCCCGGCGAGGACCACGAGAUGCCGGUGCUGAAGCAGCUGGGCCCCGCGCAGCCCAAGAAGCGGCCGGAGCGCGGCGCCCUCUCCAUCUCCGCGCCGCUGGGCGACUUCCGGCACACGCUGCACGUGGGGCGCGGCGGCGACGCCUUCGGGGACACCUCGUUCCUGAGCCGCCACGGCGGGGGGCCGCCCCCCGAGCCCCGCGCGCCUCCCGCGGGGGCCCCGCGCUCCGCGCCGCCGCCCGCCGUGCCCCAGCCCCCGCCGCCCGCCCUCCGCGCGCCCGCGCCCGCCGACCCGCUGCUGUCCUUCCACCUGGAUCUGGGCCCCUCGAUGCUGGACGCGGUGCUGGGCGUCAUGGACGCGGAGCGUCCCGGGGCCGCUGCCGCCAAGCCCGACGCGGACCCCGGCUCGGGGGCGCAGCACCCCAGGGCUCGCUGCCGCCCCAACGCGGACCUCGAGCUGGACGACGUCAUUGGCCUGUAGGCUCCCGGCUCCCCGCGCCCUGCCUUCCCGCACCCCACUUCUCUCUACAUAAACGACUAAGGCCUG